UGGAACACAGCAGCACGGGCAGCCGGACACGAGGAGAGAAUUUCGUUUCACUCGUUUUGAACUGCUGAGAGAGGGGGCGCAGUGUUCCGAGAUGGCGAUGGUCUGCCUCACCGACUUCGAGGAGUACGCCAAGGAGCACCUGUCCAAGGCCACGUGGGAUUACUACGCAGCGGGAGCCGACGAGUGCUGCACGCGGGACGACAACCUGCUGGCGUUCAAACGAAUCCGCCUGCGGCCUCGGAUCCUGCGCGACGUUUCCGUGUGUGACACUCGCACCACGGUACAGGGUACGGAGAUCAGCUUCCCCGUGGGCAUCGCUCCCACAGCCUUCCACUGCCUGGCGUGGCACGAGGGUGAGGUGGCGACAGCCAGAGCCACCGAGGCGGUGAACACUUGCUACAUCACCAGCACCUACUCGACCUGCUCGGUGGAGGAGAUCGUGGCGGCGGCGCCGGGCGGCUACCGCUGGUUCCAGCUCUACGUUUACCGGAACCGCAAGGUGUCGGAGCAGAUCGUGCACCGCGUGGAGGCGCUCGGCUACCAGGCGCUCGUGCUCACCGUGGACGUGCCGUACACCGGCAAGCGCCGCAACGACAUCCGCAACCAGUUCAAACUGCCGCCGCACCUGCGCGUCAAGAACUUCGACGGAGUCUUUGAGGAGAACGCCGGUCCCGAGGAGUACGGAGUGCCGGCCAACACGCUGGACCCGUCCAUCAGCUGGAAGGACAUCUACUGGCUCCAGUCGCUCACCCGGCUGCCCAUCAUCAUCAAGGGCAUCCUGACCAAGGAGGACGCCGAGCUGGCGGUGGAGCACGGCGUCCAGGGCAUCAUCGUGUCCAACCACGGGGGGCGCCAGCUGGACGGCGACCCUGCCACGAUCGACGCGCUCUCCGAGAUCGUGGACACGGUCCAGGGCAGGAUCGAGGUCUACCUCGAUGGGGGGAUUCGCACGGGAAGCGACGUGCUCAAGGCCCUGGCCCUCGGGGCCAAGUGCGUCUUCAUUGGCCGACCGGCCGUGUGGGGCCUGGCUUACAAGGGUGAAGAGGGCGUCAGGGAGGUCCUGCAGAUCCUCAACGACGAGUUCCGACUGUGUAUGGCUCUCGCCGGCUGCCGGAACGUCUCGGAAAUCAACAGGAACCUCAUCCAAUUCUCCAAACUUUAACCUGGAAACAGGGGCUCCGGGGAGCGAGGGAGCGAGUUUGUUCACAGUGGAUCUUCUAAUCAUAUGUAGAUAUAGAUUUAUAGAUACAAUUGUAGAUGUAGAGAGUUAUAGAUAGAGAUACAUAGAUAGUUAUAGAUAUAGAGCAGUAGGCUGUUCUCACAGCGACCACGUGGUCCUGUUUCAACAGUCACAGGUUCAACGGGAAGGAAAAUUGUCCUCAUUUGAGGGAGACACUUUAAAAGGAACUCAUUCUCUCAACAAACACCUGAAACCGGGAGACACUGAGGCAUGAUGGGAAAAAGAGUUUGUGUGACGACUUGACUGACUGUAGGUUUCCAGCGGACUUCUUGAAAUUGAUUAAUUGAUUCAGUGAUUUUUUUUUUCUUUCAAUUAAAAUGAGAGUUUUCUGUUCUGUCGCCGGAGCUGAAACCAGAGCGUGAUGAGGUCGAGCCCCGGGAGCAGUGUUUUACCUACAUGUGGUCCUGGGACACGCGAAGUGGGCGGGGCUUCCGGGUGAACAGUGACGCAGGAGCGACAGGCUGAAGCUGAUUGGAUGCGUAUGGCGUUAUUUACAUUAGGUUGCUUUUUAUUAGCUGGAUUUCCGUGUUCUACAUAAAUACGCCCCGCCUCUCCCCUCCCCUCCCCUCCCCGUGGUUCAUGCUAAUUAGCAUAUUAGCAUCCACAGUGUCCCCGUGGAGGGGGGAGGGGGGCUAACAUGAACUGGGCAGCGUGGGCCGACGGUGUGGAACUGCUUUUUAAAACACCUUUCCUGCCUGGGACGGGAGAGCGGCCGCAGCGACGGGGCGUCACCAUGGCAACGGCGCCGCCAAGCGAUCGGAUGGACGGACGGCCGCAGCUCCGUGUUUUAGCAGUGUGUGUGUGUGUGU